AUGUCCACACAACAGUACGGCGGCUACAGCGGCGCCAACACCUCGGAAGCGCAGCAGCAAGUCGACAUCAACGCGCGCACCGUGCACUACAAGUGCGGCGACUGCGACCAGGACGUUCCCUUGAAACGCGGCGAGCCCAUUCGUUGCAGACAGUGUGGCCACCGCGUGUUGUACAAGCAGAGGACGAACCGGUGA